AUGACUAAGCUGUACAUUUGUCCUGACACUGGUUCAGACGAAAAUGACGGUACCGAGGAACGACCUCUGAGCACGCUUUUCCAGGCCAUGAUGUUAUCGAAGAACUCUGGCGAAUUCCUGGUCCGAACCGUGAAGGAGGACGGCUUCGAAAAUCGUUGUGGCCGAACCACCGCGCAAGUAGCUCCAUCAAGAAGUAAUACCAUGAAAAAAUAUGAAGCUGAAUUGAAGAAAGCGGAAAAAGCUGCUGGACGAGCGAAGGAACAGGAAGCGGCUACUCACGCUGCUCUGGAAGAAGCCAAAAAGAUCACUUUCUCAAUGGAUGAGUCGUUACCUGCAGCCACACUUGUAAAAAUCUCGGAAUGUGUGAAACAUCGAGACGAACGUGUUCAUUUGAAAGCGUGGGUGCAUCGAUUACGAAGGCAAGGAAAGGCGUUGAUGUUUUGGGUGCUUCGUGAUGGUUCUGGUUACCUUCAAUGUGUACUUAGUGACCUUCUGUGUCAAAGUUACGAUGCAGUAACGCUGAGUACGGAAAGUUCUGUUGAGGUGUAUGGUACUAUCAAAAAGGUACCUGAAGGAAAGCAAGCGCCUGAUGGUCAUGAAUUGAUCGUGGACUAUUGGCGCUUGAUUGGUUCUGCUCCAGCUGGUGGCAUUGACAAUGUCCUGAACGAGGAGGCAGGAGUUGAAGUGAUGCUCGAGCACAGGUACUACGCAUCUUGUCAUUCGUGGUGA